UCUUCCAAUCCAAGGCGUCGCUGGUUCGGGUGUUCCAGGUACGCCGGGGCUACGCGGAGACGACGGCAUGGACCCCCCGCCAGCAGCGGUCGACCUGUUUACCGGAUUCUCCAGCAUGACACUCCACUAUGACGGCGACAGUUAAUUACUCCUCGCGCGGGGCACGGGCCUCUGGGCUGAGGCGGAGACAUGACGGGAGCCUGCGCGGGUGGGUAUGUCCUGCCGUGCGGAGGCAUCCGUGUUCCGUGCCUGGGGGCGCGCUUUCUGGUGUACAUUGAUUCGAGGCUCGGCGGGGACUCUGCUGUCAUCCCUCGUCGGCCUGUGUUGCGCAUUCAUUGCUGUCUAUGGUUAUCGGAUUCACCGUGGAUGGAUCUCUUCUUCCGAUUCGAAACUUCCUGGUUGCGUUCGCGUCCGGGCUGUCAACGUCAGCGGCGGGCAGUGCGUGCUCACCCCCUCCACCCUCCUCCGCCCCGUCCCCCGCCUCCUGUCUGCAUGGCGCGACUGCACCCCGGUCUGAGCUCGCCCUCUACCUCUUUAUUCCCACCUUCAUAAUCCCGACGCCCGCCCUACCAGGGACACUCGAGACCUGUCCUGCCGCGCUGCCCGGUCCCGUACUGCAUGGCUCGUUCGCAUCUUCGUCUCUGCAUCGCAUUCAAUUGUACAUAUACCAUAUGCAUGUACUACCAGCACGUCCACUGCCGCUCAUUCCCUGCAACCGCCCAUCCUCGCACUCCUUUGGCAUUCAUUCAUCACUGAUUGGUGUUCUGUGGUCAACGGUCGCAAACGUCACGCAACUCAUCCGUAUCCGUAUUCAUAUAACCAUCGCUAUUCUUCUGCUGCCCCGUCCGCCUCCACCCGCGUCUGCGCCGGCGGAGGCGGACGGCCGUACAUAUCCCCCUACCUGCCUAUACAUAUUCACCCGCUACUUAGUUAGAUCGGCUCCCGGUAUUCGACGCACCAAAGGAAGUAUAUUAGGUUCCGUUCUAUACCCGUGUGGUCUUUGCUGUACGUACGUACUCGAGGAUGGAUUAGGGUUAAUGCGUGCUUGUUCGCUCGAUCGGACAGCCGGACGGUGUGCUUAUCGAGUGCAGGUCUCGCCGCCGGUCUCGCUGUGGCCGGGCCUGCAGACAGUGAUAUCAGACUUUCCGAGGGACAGACUGUACCCUGUCAGCUCGGAGCGUGAUGAGAACAGGACGGGACGGGACAGGACAGAGGGCAUGCCACGCGGGGAGAUCAAGGUACGACUGCCCGUCGCCGACGACCGUCGAACGUCGACGUGCGGCAGCCUAUCUGGAAGGCCGUCUGCCCAGUGCGCAGGCGGUGGUGAUUGCACUGGCGGCUGAGCGGGCCCACUCAGUCCUCCCGUCAGGCGCGGCGGCACUCCGGAGUCGCUGGCAGCAGACAGAUUGCGCACGCCCGUCUGCACUGUCCAACCGUGCAGUAUACGCACCGAGU